AUGCCCGCGAAUGUAAAGAAAGAAAAUCUGCCGGAAAAAGUCUGCGUGGUGUGCAACCGCCCGUUCACUUGGAGGAAGAAAUGGGAGCGAUGUUGGGACGAAGUCACAACCUGUUCGAAGAGUUGCAACGUGAAGAGGAAGCGAGAGAAGCAACAGCAGCGAGGAGGAGAGAAAACGGAGGGAGAGCAGCAGCAAACGAUGACGACGACGAUUCAGAGCGAAGGAGGGAAUAAGUUGUGCGAUAAAUGCGGCAAAUCGAGAGCGAUGUUAAUCCGAUGUCAAAUCGACAGCGGGAAGCGUUGGAAUAUGAUAUGCGUGGAAGGAUGUUGGCGAAGCGUUUCCGGCGGAGUUACGGAUGGCACCGCGGAGUAUCCGCACUAUAAGUACGGCGGCGUGUGGAAGAAUCGGAGGAAAGUUUCGUUGGAGGAGAAGAGAAAGGCGCCGCCAGUUGUUGGGGCGGUGUUGGGUGAAUAG